AUGGUUCCGGGUAAACAUCCAGGUCUGGAUAUUGUUUCAGGAGGACGUCAAUGUCUAGGAACUGUUCCAGGUGGAGGUGCAGGUUCGAGAACUGUUCCGGGUACACUUUCAGGUCCGGGAACGGUCCUGGGUGAACGUCCAGGUCCGGGAAUGAUUCCGGGUGAACGUCCAGUUCUGGACAUUGUUCCAGGUGGAGGUGCAAUUUCAGGAACUGUUUCAAGUGGACCUCCAUGUCUAGGAACUGUUCCAUGCGGAGGUGCAGUCUGGUCUGGUGUACCCGGAUCUGGAGAUGUACCCGGAACAGUUCUCGAAACUGCACCUCCACCUGGAACAGUUCCGAAACUCGGACCUCUACCUAGAACAGUUCCUGAACCUGGACCACUCCCUGGGAGAGUUCACCGUCCUGGACCUCAAGCUGGAACAGUUCCGGCAAUUUUUCCCUCACCUGGAAGAUUUCCUAGCACUUGA